GGAACACAGGGGUGGAGGGGAACUCGGUACAGGUAGAAACCGAAAGAGAGAGAAGAAAACCGGUGCGAACCGAAAAGAGGGUGCACUGCCAGACGACUUGUGUGCAAAGCGAGUCGGCCUUUUCGCUUUCUUUUUUUACUAUUACGAAGAAAAAUUUCGAACGAUCCGAUGAGAUCGCUCGAAUCCGGGAAACCGCUCCCCCCUUGAGAAUUAACCGCAUCCAAAGAAGGGCCGAAUUUCGGUGGUGGAAAAAACUCGCUCCCGAUCUCGACACCCUCCUUCAAAAAAGAAAAGGGAGAAAAAAAGAACAACAGAAUUGUUCGAACGAAGCGGUUCCGCAUUUUCCAUGAAGACCAAAAACCAAAAACGAAGCUUAUAGAGAAAAGUUUCCUGGACAGCCUGCAAUGGUCGUUCGACGACGUCACCUGGACCUUUCGGCCAUCACCAUCAUCAUCAUCAUCAGCUGUUGAAAGGAGGUGCCGCUUGCGUUCCGACUUGUUUCGUUUUUUCCACAGAUUUUAUUCCUUUAUCGGGUGUUCCGCGAUUCUGUCCACCGCUACGGAUACUUUGAGGAUCGUGAGACGCACCCUUUUUUUCGGCCAUGGGUUGUGCAAUGAGCGCCGAAGAAAGGGCUGCUUUGGCUAGGAGUAAGCAGAUCGAGAAGAAUCUCAAAGAGGAUGGAAUCCAAGCAGCCAAAGAUAUUAAGCUGCUCCUGCUCGGGGCAGGAGAAUCUGGGAAGAGCACCAUCGUGAAACAAAUGAAGAUUAUUCAUGACAGCGGAUUUACGCAGGAAGAUUUCAAGCAGUAUAAGCCCGUUGUCUACAGUAACACAAUACAGUCAAUGGUUGCCAUCCUACGGGCGAUGCCAAAUUUAGGAAUUGCAUAUGGCAACAAUGAAAGAGAG